AUGGGACCCACUUUGGGAUCCCCACUCGCUCCCCUCGCCCAUCUUUGGGGUUUUUCCUUACAGCCUCCGCAGCCUCACGGCCCCAUUGUGCUCCUACGGGAUGCGCGCAGCGCUCCAAAAUCAGCGCCCGGCGCUCAGCACCGCCCCGAAACCAUCCGUCUGCUCAGCAACGACCUCAUCCGCAGCCUCGUCAUCCCCUCAGAGAAGCCAACACCAGCCCUCAUCAUCGGCCUGCAGGACUUUCAGCGCAUCCAGGAGUCGUCCCGAGUGCUGAGCAAGGAGCAGCGUGCAGCUGAGCUGGCAGCCCUGAAAGCACAGAGGGAGGCAGACCUCGAGGCCAUGAACGAGCGCAAGGCAGCAGCAAAGCGACAAACCCUCCUGCAGCAGAGCAAGCAGAGCGACCUGGAGGAGGAGGCGAAGGAACGCGCCCAGUAUCUGCUGCAACGGGCGAACAGGAUGCGCAUGGAGCAGGAGGAUGAGAUCAAGGAGUUCAGUGAGCUGCUCCUGGGUGUGAAGUGCCACAUGAUCCGCGACACGCAGAUCCUGGAGAAGAAGCAGAUAGACAGAGAGCUGGAGGAGGAGGAGAAGCGCCUGGCCAGGAUGAUGGAGGUGGAGAGGCAAAAGGCCAACGAGAUGCAGGAGGAGCUGGAACGCAGGAGGAAGCAGGAGCUGAUCCAAGGUAGACAGGAGCUGGUGAAGCAGAUUGAGAAGAACGCGGAGGAGCGGGCGCUGAGGGCUGAGCAGAAGGACCAGGAGAGCCAGGAAAUGCUUCGGUACCUGGAACAGCUGAAGAUGGAGGAGAAGAAGGAGUUGGAGCAGAAGAAGGAGCAGCAGAAGAAAAUCCAGGCUGAGAUUAAACGCAUCAACGACGAGAGCCAGAGGUGCAAGGAGGAGCAGCUGCAGAAGGAGAAGAUGGAGGAUGAGCGAGUGCUCGAGUACCAGAGGCAGAAAAUGGAGCGGGAGGCAGAGCUGGAAGCUGAGCAGGAAAGAAUCCGUCGGGAGAAGGAGAAGGAGAUGGCACGGCUCAGGGCCAUGCAGGAGAAGGCCCUCGACCAGCAGGCAGAGCGGGACGCACUGAGGGCCAAACGCAGCCAGGAGGCGGCCGAGCGGGAAUGGAGGAGGAAGGAGAAGGAGGCAGCACGGAGGAAGGCUGAGAUGGAGGAGCAGCUGCGGCGGGGCCGGAGCCAACAGAUUGCUGAGAAGGAGCACUGCAUGGCCGUGCAGGUGAUGAGGGACCGGCACGACUUCGAACGCAUCCUCCGGGCCCAGCAGAAGCAGAUAGAGAAGGAAAAGGCGGAGGAGGCUCGGAGGGCAGCCCUGCAGUUGGCCCACGCUGAUGAUAUCCGACGUCAGAUAAAGGAGCAGCAGCAGCUGAGGGCCCAGGAGCGCAUGGCUGCCUUUGAGGAGAGCCAGAGGCUGCAGGAAGCAGCUCAGCAGCGCAGCCGACGCAUCGCCCAGCUCAAGCAGCAGAAGAUCCAGGAGCUCAGAGCUGCUGGCAUCCCGGAGAAGUACUGUGCCCAGGUGGAGCGGUGGGCACGGAGCGGGGCUCAGCCCCACACGGGGCAGAAGGCAGCAGCUCGGGAGUUUCGGCUUUCUUAGGCAGAGUUGUCUACAAACAGAGAUGUUUAUGGAGCAGGCAGCAUCUCCUGUCCUUCUCUUGCUUC